AUGAAUGGGCCGGCCCUUCAGCCUUCGCCCUCCUCGAACCCCCGGGGCUGGAGUGAAUUCUGUGAGCUUCAUGCCGUGGCCACAGCCAAGGAGUUGGCCAAGCAGUAUUGGCUGUUUGCCAGCGAGCAUCCCCACCAUGACCUGCUGGGAGCUGACCACUUCUCCCUGCAGUUCACGGACCUCUUCCAGCAAUACUUCCGACACGAGGUGAGAGAGGGCUGGGCCAUGCACCAGCUACGGCUGCGGCCCAUCACCUCCCGGGUCCGGGACUACCGAGAGACAGGCCGGAGGCACACAGAUGGCUCGGCGGCACCUCCCAAGGCAGAGGGACCUGCGGAGCUGGGCGAGCGGGCCCCCGAGGUGGCCUCCCAGACCCUGCCCAAGUCCCGGAGCUCAGAAGACCUCCCGGGAGGGGCCUCCCCUCUAGCCUCCCCUCGCUCCAUCGCCCAUUACUCCUUCCACCACCUACGGAGGAGCCUUCGCCACAUCUUCCGACGACGGCCCUCCGAAACGCUGCCCUCCGGGGAAGGGACGGCCGAGGGGGAGGCGGGCGAUGGCCCUUCUAAGCAGGGUCUGGCCAAGAAAAUCCUACCCUGGAGCCUAUCCAGGGAGCCCGUUCCUGAGGCCCGAAAGGAGGGUGUCCUCAAAUAUGGCCUAGUGGACGAGGCCACCAUGGACAGUGGGGCCCUGCGGCAGCGGGGGCGGCUGGUGUUGAGGAAGGUGGUGAGCCCAGAAGGUGGUGAAGACCAUAUCCUGGAGCUGUUUGAUCCCCCCAAGAAACGAGCAGGGCUUCCUCAUCAUGCUUUCCUCGGGUCUCGGGAGUCUUGUGGUCGAAGACACUGGCAGAUGGGGAUUGUGGGAACUCGCAGGGGGAGUUCAGGGGUCCUGGAGGUGCAUGGGGUCAGGGGAAAGAAGAAGGAGACGGGCUCUGCAGGAAGACAGGCCUUCUGCAUCCGCUUCUUGGAGCUCUGGACAGUCUUCUCAAGG